AGUACGAGAUAGUUCUCUCUGCGUAGUGGUUUUCAGUUUUUUGAAGAAAAUGGCGGAAAGCGAGCUCAACGUUGACAGCAUCAUCUCCCGAUUGCUUGAAGUGCGAGGAUGCCGUCCAGGGAAGAUAGUCCAGAUGACGGAGGCGGAGGUGCGGGGGUUGUGCAUCAAGUCCCGGGAGAUCUUCCUCAGCCAGCCCAUCCUACUGGAGCUGGAGGCGCCGCUCAAAAUCUGUGGUGAUAUCCAUGGCCAGUACACAGACCUGCUGCGGCUCUUUGAGUACGGGGGCUUCCCRCCGGAGGCUAACUACCUGUUCCUGGGGGAUUACGUGGACCGAGGCAAGCAGUCCCUGGAAACCAUCUGCCUACUGCUGGCCUACAAGAUCAAAUACCCCGAGAACUUCUUCCUGCUCAGAGGAAACCACGAAUGUGCCUCCAUCAACCGCAUCUACGGUUUCUAUGACGAGUGCAAACGCAGAUUCAACAUAAAGCUGUGGAAGACAUUCACAGAUUGCUUCAACUGUUUGCCCAUUGCCGCUAUAAUCGAUGAGAAGAUCUUCUGCUGCCAUGGAGGUCUCUCUCCUGAUCUGCAGUCCAUGGAGCAAAUCCGACGCAUCAUGAGGCCCACUGAUGUCCCUGACACAGGCCUGCUGUGUGACCUGCUGUGGUCAGAUCCAGACAAAGACGUGCAGGGUUGGGGGGAAAACGACCGGGGUGUCUCCUUCACCUUUGGGGCUGACGUGGUCAGCAAGUUCCUCAACCGCCAUGACCUGGACCUCAUCUGCAGAGCCCACCAGGUUGUUGAGGACGGCUACGAGUUCUUUGCCAAACGGCAGCUGGUGACGCUGUUCUCAGCUCCCAACUACUGCGGGGAGUUUGACAACGCUGGGGGCAUGAUGAGCGUGGACGAGUCCCUCAUGUGUUCCUUUCAGAUUUUGAAGCCGUCAGAGAAAAAAGCUAAGUACCAGUAUGGGGGAGUGAACACGGGACGCCCUGUAACCCCGCCUCGUACUGCCCAAGCCCCAAAGAAGAGGUGAGCGCCUGGCCUCCAUCUCGCCUCCUCCUUGCACCAUUUCCUCUAUUGCCCCCUGCAACGUCCUGUCCCCUCCCUCCCAUCUAUGGGAAGCGCUCUAGCCCCCCUGACCCCCACUCACCUAUUUCAUGUGUAAAAUAUUAAAUCUUUGCUGUGAACGUA